AAAGUCAUGCGUGUAUGGGACGACAAAUUGACUAAAGAAGAAAUGGAAAGUCUUGAUUAUAGUAGUCCAAAUGAAAAUAUUGAUACGGCAUCAGCUAUACGUCAGAAUCUUGUUGAUGAAAAUAAUUUAGGACAUCGCUCUCAAGAUGGGUCUAGACUUUUUUCAUUUUUCCAAAACAUCACCGGUCAAAAGGAGAUCACAGAAGAAGAUCUCACUCUUGUGUUGGCAAACAUGAAAGAACAUUUAAUUAACAAGAAUGUUGCGGCUGAUAUCGCUACGCAUUUAUGUGAUUCAGUCUCAAGAACUCUUGUAGGUCAAAAAAUUGGAAGUUUCAAAUCAAUUCGGUCAACUGUGAAGCAAUCCAUGGAAUCAGCGUUAAAACGUAUUUUGACUCCAAAGACAUCCGUGGAUUUGUUACGUGAUAUUUCGCAGGCUCAAUCUGAAUCACGUCCUUACACUAUUUGCUUUAUUGGUGUGAAUGGUGUUGGUAAAUCGACAAAUCUAUCGAAGACUUGUUUCUGGUUAUUGCAAAAUGGGCUUAAGGUCCUAAUUGCAGGCUGCGAUACUUUUAGGUCUGGUGCUGUGGAACAAUUGAAAGUACAUGUUAGAAAUUUAAACACUUUAGGGCAAAAUUCGGUUGUUGAAUUAUAUGAACGCGGAUAUGGAAAAGAUGCUGCAGGAAUCGCCAAAGAUGCCAUUAAUUUCGCUAAGGCAAACGGAUUUGAUGUUGUAUUGAUUGAUACUGCCGGUCGUAUGCAGGACAAUGAGCCGUUAAUGCGUGCUCUCGCUAAGUUAGUAACAGUAAAUAACCCGGAUAAAAUAAUAUUUGUUGGCGAAGCGCUAGUUGGUAACGAAGCAGUUGAUCAGCUUACGAAAUUCAAUCAGGCUUUAAAAGAUUUUUCAGGAUUACAAAAUCCAAGGCAUAUUGAUGGAAUUAUAUUAACUAAAUUUGAUACAAUUGAUGAUAAGGUUGGUGCGGCACUGUCAAUGGCUUAUACAACUGGGCAGCCUAUUUUAUUUGUCGGUACUGGGCAGACAUAUACUGAUUUAAAAACUAUGAGAGUCGGUCAUAUUGUACAAGCGCUUCUUAAAGAGUAG